GUAAUUAUAUAUACACAAUCAACCACAAACAUUAAUAUGGGGGAUUCCCCACCUGGUUUUCGUUUCUACCCAACAGAAGAAGAGCUAGUUGGCUUCUAUCUACACAACCAGUUGGAAGGACAAAAGCAUGAAGACAUAAACAAAAUCAUACCUCUCAUUGAUAUCAAUGGCAAAGAGCCAUGGAACCUUCCAACAUUUGCAGGGGAGAGAUGUCGUGGAGACACGGAACAAUGGUUUUUCUUUUCACCAAGACAAGAUAGAGAGUUGAGAGGAGGAAGACCAAACAGAACAACAUCUUGUGGGUAUUGGAAAGCUACGGGUUCUCCUAGCUACGUUUACUCUUCUAACAACAAAGUCAUUGGAAUAAGGAAAACCAUGGUGUUUUACAUAGGAAAAGCUCCAUCUGGAAGGAAAACCAAAUGGAAGAUGCAUGAAUAUAAAGCCAUUCAACAAUCUGACCAAUCCAAUACAAACCCUCCUAAGCUGCGACACGAAUUCAGCUUGUGUCGCGUUUAUGUGAUAUCGGGAAGCUUUAGUUCGUUUGAUCGAAGACCAUUAGAGAGGCCAAUGACGGAGUUACAACAUGCUGCUUCAACAAGUACUCAACAAGUGGUGGCAGAGCUCAAUGGAUCAAACUCGUAUGCAACUUCUCGAGGGAUAGAGAGAGACCAUGAUGCUUCUCUUAAUAUUGGAGGGUCAAGUGGCACAAAUUGGAAUGAUGUACCAAAUAAUGGGGUUGAUGAACCUGAACCUAUUUGGGAAUGGGAACAACUAAAUUGGAUCUAACCUUUUAAGUCAAAACAUGCAUAUACCUUGCAAGACCUCUUCUUGUGGAUGUGGUUGGUAAACAAAGACCAAGACAAUCAUCUAAAUGUUGGGCAUAAUUAAAUCCUAAACCAGGAAUUUGUUUACAAUAGAAAAAAGUAAUAUCUUGUCAUUCUUUUAGAAGUAAUCACAUACUAUAUUUAUGUUUUUUUUUUAAGGAAGACUAUAUUUUCCUUAUGUUAUAGUAUGAAGUUUUCAAAGGA